UUUCGGAUAGCAUGCAUUUUAUAUAGCUUGGUGGGCGUAAUGUAUGUAGUGGAUAAGGCGUAGCUGGAAAGAUUUGUUGUGUUAAAUUUCAUCUGUGUUGUAUCAGACUAUUCGAGAUGGCCUCUAAGCCAGAAAUUUAUGAAAAACCUGAGCCAGAGGAAAUAUUCAAGUUUUCUUUCCUUUUGGAUAGUGCAUCAAUAGAAUAUCUUGUUAAACAUGCAAGAAUAUUUGUAAUCAUUAGAGGUCCGCCCGGGACAAGGAAGAGUUUACUUGCGAAAUAUUUAAUGAUAAAAUAUCCAGAUGGCGUGAUCUGCUCGGCUGACAUGUAUUUUGAUCAACCAGGUAUUGACAAACAUAGAAAUCCAGCGUCUCUAAAGAAAUCGCACAACUUUUGUAUGAAUUGGUGCGAACAAGAAACUAAGAAGGGAACAAGCCCCAUUAUCGUACGCAACACAAAUGUCAGGGUGUACGAGAUGAAUUUCUAUCUACAGCUAGCAGCCAAAGCCUGUUACACAGUUAUAAUUGCUGAUUUAUCAGGAAUUUUUCGAUUUGACCCAAAGGAACUGGAAGCACGGAACUCCAAAGGACUCUCUGCCACCUACUUAACCAGACGUAUACGAUCCUGGGAGGAAUUAUAUCCAAUCUACACAGGCUGGUUUGCGAGUCCGAGUGAUUCUAGCGCCAUCUAUUGUAAAGCUACGAAUAUAAUAUCUGAGCUUAACGAUGUCGAUAGUGAUUUCCAAUGCCCAUCAGAUCAGUUUCAAAGGGAAUCUCAGUUCUUCUGUAUGGCAGCAUUCUGUGAUUCGGGUAAAACGUUGAAGGCUCAGACUUACUACAACCAAUACAAGGUUCAAAUAUCCUGUGGUAGGAUGUUUACGCUUCUUCUGGAUGGCUUCUUGGCAACGAAAAAAUUGAUUCUAGGUGUGGUUCUUCUCACUUCUGAUCAACAAGACCUCACUAUGUCAGAGGAAGAAGAAACAUCAUCAGAUAACGACAUUACUGAUAAAAUAAUGAAACUUUGCAUUGGUGAUUAUCUGGAAAAAUACCAAGAUUAUAAACUUCCAUCGAAUGCAGAAGCAUCUUCGAAGAAAACACUGAAAUGCCAAGAAAGAAGGAAGCAGUUCAAAACCAAAAUUGAUGACGUCAGCUUUAUUAUUCUUGCCCACAGGGGAUCCAAAGUUUCUUUCCCUUACAUUCGAAACAUACGUAAAACCAGCAGAUCAUUUUUCUCAAACGUGAUCAAUAAAGAAAACCUAAUAAGCGAUAAACAUGACAAGACGACAUCUUCAGGUAGUUUUUGUAAACUGGAGGAUGGAGUUUGGUUUAUUCAGCCGAAAGAGACGCUUCUACUUGAUACAGUUUUCACUGGAAUGUAUUUUUGGUAAAAGGACGUGCCUUCAAGAUACACCCAGUUUUGAUUUUCGUAGAGGGCGUUGCAGAUAUGGAUCUAAUAGCAAAUUUUCACACGAAUAGCCUUAAUAGUUAGUGAAUUUCACGUUAAACAUUUUAGUUUUGUUUUUGUAAUACUUUCAUUACUUAAAAAUAUUUUUGUUGUAAUUUACUUUUAAAUAAUCCUGUGUAAUUACACUUAUUUGAUUCUCCCCUUCAUUCAGAGACUUCACCAUAAUCUGAACAUAAGUAGUCAGCAUUAUUACUAGUUGAAUUUUUGUAUGUGUAUAUCUUUACCUUUAAAAUUAGAAUAAAUUAUUCUACGAGACAUUU